AUGAAAAGUCCAAUCACAGAAGUUAAAGAAAGUGCAGCACGAGAAGUGAUUAAAAUGAAAUAUGGAGAACGAGGAAUGAAAGAAGCUAUAUUUAAUGUUUUAACAUCAAAAGAUUACAAUAAAGAAGAUGAAGAAAUGUGUAAUGAAGGAAUUAAAGAAUGUGUUAAAGAAAGAAGUGGAAAAGAAAUAGAUAAAAUAGUUAAAGCAGCAUUCACAGUUAAUAAUAAGAAAAUAUUACGGAGAUUAAAUGAAAAUGAAACAGCACGUGAUGCGUUAAUGACAAUGGUUAUUAUCCAAAAAGGAGAUGUAUGGAAUGAGAUAGAAAGAUGGAUACGAAAAGGAUUAGAACGAGAAAGUAUUGAGAAAACAGUUAAAAAAUUCACAAAAAAAAUGUAUGAAAUGGAUAUAAAGAAAACAAUGAAUAUUGGAGUUAAAUAUUUUGCAAGUUGUGGAUUAUAUUGUUUAGUUCAACCAAACACACCAUAUGAAAUCAUUUAUGAGUAUGGAAGAAUAAUGAUGAAUGAAGCAAAUCCAAUCAUUCAAAGAAAUAUGAGAUGUAUUGUUAUGAAAGUGAUUGAGAGUUGUUAUGAAAUGAAGAAAGACACCACAGAAAUACGACAAAUCAUCGAUAGAAAAACAUGUGAUAUGGAUAAAGUUAUUGAACUGGCAUUGAAAUAUAAAGAUGAAAGAACAAUAUUGAUGAUUAGAAGAAAGGAGAAAUUAAAGAAUGUUUUAGAAAUCUUCAAAGCAGAAGUAUCACAUGUUUAA